CUGGCAAAUCCAAGAUGGCGGCCAGCAUUCGAGCCAGGCAAAUAGGUAAAUUCUCCCUAAAUUUAGAUCUUUAUUUUAUUUGAUUUCAUUUUUAAAUCAAUUAGCAAUCGGAAAAGGUGCUCAGUAUUGAAAGUCUUUAAUCAUGAUUGUGAUCGUCCAAUUCAUUUAAAAGUAAACCAGAUGAUUGUCGUCAUUGAAAGUGAAACAACACGAGUUAAGUUGAGCUCUUUGAUACCUUUUUAAAUUUCGUUUAACGAGAAAGUUUCAUUUUAUGUUUCAGAUUCUUUAAAGCGCAUGCUUAAUCUUAAUCAACCACUCACGAAGUCAACUGCUAUCGAGCCAGUAUGGAAGGUAAGGUUAGGGAAUGAUUCUAGCAGAUAAAAAAUAUUAUACAGUAUUAUACUAUUAGUCAUAACCAUGACAAAAUUCUCAAAUUUGUUAAGAUUAGCUAUCAACUCUCCUGAUUUUAGCACUAAUAGGACACUGCUAGCAAAAAAAGUCUUGGAAUUUCUUUUAUCACAAAUUUUGUCCUGGUUAUGAUUAAUUGAUAACAUAACUUCAUGUCGUCCAGUUUGGUCCGUAAUCAUACUCUUGGGAUUAAACAAAUUGGACUCCCCCGAUUUUGUUUUUAAUUGGUAUGAUUACUGACUGAAUUGGACUCCACUCAGUCCUAUUAGGGACUGUUCAUUAUUUAUGCCUAAGGGAGGGUCGGUGAUUUUCAAGCAAUUCAGGCAUAUGAAAAAUUUACUCCUCCCCGGAAGUGGGUAUUUUAAAAAAUUACCCCCCCCGUUUAUGUGACAGGCCCAAAAUGUAACCCCCCCUACCCCCAACCCCCUCCCCUCAGGACGCGACGUGCCUCCAGUUGCGAAAUUGCGUACAACACGUGUUCUUUUGUAAAGGUGAAGAAUCUCUGAAUGCGCCGUAAAAUUGCGGCUGCAAGUUUGUCGUAGUCUAUCUCCAUUUCCGCAAAAAUGACUCCUAUAUGGCGUUGGCAAGCGGGACCAAUCUCAAGUUUUGCUGUUUGAGGAUUUCUAUAUACGCACUGACAAUACUGUAUUACAACUACAACUGGCCCCGGCAAAUGACAUGUGGGUGGGUUUUGCUAUUAUUAAAUAUCAAAUUGCAUUUAAAGGGAUUUAAUAAGUUAAUAUAUAUUGGAACCUUUAAAUAACGCUACUCCACGUCACGUUUUCUUGGCUUUUCAAACUAUAAAGACCAGGCGCUUUGUAUUAAAAUAGAAUUCUCGAUACAGAGUUCAACUUUUUAAAUAUGUCUGCAAAACGGCUACACAAGUGUUAAAACAACAGUUUCUAAAAGCUUACCCCCCCCCUAUUUGUAUUUUUAAAAAACACCCCCCUUUUUCAUUGAUUUUGAAAAUUUUACUCCCCCACUCUAAACACCGGCCCCCCCCUUAGGCAUAAAUAACGAACAGUCCCUUAGCAUUAUUUGUUAUUUUCACCACUGCGUGUCCUUUGAAAUCAAAACACUUUGAAAUAGACUUUCGUCAAUCAAAAAAUGCAAAUAACUCCAGUACCUCUUUUGGAAACAAGCUGCUAGGCUUUUAGAAAAGAACCUUUUGGAGUUCCCCUUUCCGGGGCCGCCAACCGCCCACAUUCUCAAAUAUUUAGAAUUGAUAGGGAAGGGAUGACAUAUAAAGUCAUAAUGCACGGCAUAUAAUGUCAUUAAUUUAUGCAAAAAAUACUUGUUGACUCCAAUCGUCACAAAUUUACGAUGACACAAACUGUGCAAAACAUAUGUUGUUGGCAUUGUAACAUAUGACCUGAUUGGUGUACUUCCCACAAUGGCAUACCAGAGUUUAUGAUUGAUGGUAACGGUAAAAUAGCUCAAACAACACAAAAUAUUUGAAAUUUUAUGCCGGAAAGUCUGGUCUACAAAAAAUGGCAAACUUUAGCGAUUAUGCGGGAGAUUUCAGACUCUAAUCUGGAGACUGGGAAAUACGGUCCAAAAUCUGGAGUCUCCCGCAUUAUCCAGGAGAGUUGACAGCGCUACCUUUCUGUAGGGGCAGGAAUACAGUUAAUAAAAAUUAAUGAAAAGUACUUACUGAAUAGAUAAAUAAAUAAAAUAUAGAGUGGAACUCUGCCUUACAACCUCCCCAUUUAUAUGAUCACCUCAUUAUUGUCAAAUUUUUCUUUCAACCCAAACCUAAAAAUCACGAAGUCAUUUAUUAUUUUGAAGACCCAGUUAAUGUGACCACCUCGUGAUUAUGACCAGGAUUUAAUGCCCCAGCAAGGCUGCAAAUAACUAACGGGCAGUCGCCGGUCACGUUGUCCGGUCAAACAUGCUUUUGCUCGGACACUACCCGUUUUUGACCGGUCAAAUUUUAACAGUCGGAACUCUUGCGAUAGUGAACCCAGAUUGCACAGUAAUCCUUUUACAACUAAAAAACAACUGAAUCCAAGUCGGUCUGGCAAUAAAAAUUACAAGUUAAUAGUUUUACUACUCUUUACUGCAGAAGCAGCCUCGCAUUGAGUACGUGGAACGGUUACGCAAGAUACAACCGCAAUUGUCUGUUUUACUUUACAUCUGGCAAAAUCACUUAUAAUUAAAUAUUACACUUUGGCAAUCACCACAUCAGUUCUUCAACUGAACUUUAAGUAAAAUAUGCAGAAUGUGUGAAAGCUGAAGGGUUCAAUCGAUCUCUUAAUUAAGCUAACUGAAAUGUAAGCUUAAAAUUUAAUAUAAACAAGAAACACUUAACUUUAACUCGUAUUGUCUUAGGGUUUCGAAAUUCGGCACCACUCUAUGAAAUUGUAUAAAAUGCAUGGCGUCUUAUUCCAAGUGCAAUUGUUGCGCUCGCUGACUUUCUUCCAUUUAGAAUCCCUUAAAGACAACCUUAUUCUUCUACUUUUUGUGUUAUGCGCUCCAUUUUUGAGUUAAUCACCAGAAAGCUUAGUAACCAAACACGUUUUGCUGGGUGUGCCGGACAUUUAAUGCAGUGGGAUCGUGUAUUGCAUCAUCUGAGAUACAAUCACGUACAUUUUCUGGUACAUUCAACGCGUUACAGAUAAGAAUAUUUUGUGUAUAAAUAAACUAACAAAUUGUUGAGUGAACCUUGCAAUUCAGAGGUUAGUAAUAACAGAAAAUAUCUACUUGCAGACAAAUAAAGACAAACUCUCUUUUUAUAUAUCUUGACUUUUUUUGUUUUCAGUACAACUCAGAGCCCUUUUUUUAAAGUUGCAGUUGUGAAUUUUUGUUAGAGUAAAAGAGUGGUUGGAUUCUCCAGGUUUUGGGGCUUUUGCUCGCUUUUUGCUCUUUGCAAGAAAUGCUACUUGGAGUAUUCUCAGUGCAGCAAGAUUAUUCUUCAUGAGGGUGCUUUCCGAUCAUUCGAUCAAUCAAACAAUCAAUCACUUUAUUUAAGAGUAAAUUAUGGUAUCUAGCCAAAGGUAAAACCCUCUACUAACUGGGAACACUUAAAUAAAGUAAAUAAAAUAACGGAAGACACGAUGAUUUGCGGUCGCGACAGGACUUGAUGACCUCGUGGAAAUUUGCGACUGCCGGGAAUUUCUCGACCACUAAUUUGUCUACUUUUAUAUUCGUUUUUUUUUUCUUUCGGAAACAUGACUGUUGUCCCUUGUGAUUAUCAAACAGUUAAAAAUUAAAAUUUCUUUGAACGAGUCGGUAAAGGACCGGACAAGAUGUCGGGUAAUCCAAGGAUUUGUCCGGUCAGUAUCCAAUUUUGACCAGACAUUGUCCGUUGACCGGCCGUUAUUUGCAGCCCUGCCCCAGCAAUGGUCACUUUAACAGGGUUCCACUGUUAAUCCUAAUUUGUUGGCUAUGUUCUUCUAUCAUUGAUUAGGUCCUUGUGUAUGACAGAUAUGGCCAGGAUAUCAUCUCUCCUUUGCUUAAUGUCAAGGAACUUCGAGAAAUGGGAAUUACACUACAUCUGUAUGUUGAUUGUCCGGCAUUUAGCCCCCCUUUUGGUAGAAAUGAAUUGAAUAAUACAUUUGAACCUCUAUUAGGCAGGCAACCUUUUAAGAGGCCACCCUCUAUUAAACGGCCAGUAAUCAAAGUCCCAAAAUAAUAUUAUUGUGGAAAAGAGUGGGAAAUUGUACCUCUAGUAAACGGCUGCUGCCACCCUUUGGCCAUUCCAACAAGAGUUCUAGUAUCAUUGUCUUCUCUUAGUUUGGCUUGAUUUUAAGAAUGUGAUAAAUGGAAAUUCAGUCUGAGAAAGAAGGUGAUGACUGAUUGUGGACAGGUAACGCUGCUCCCAUCGCACAAUUGUUUCAACAUAAUUAUGCUAAUUUAUAACAAACCUCUUGAGUGGCCAACCUGUAUUAAGCAGCCACUUGCCGGUACCUUGAAGGUGGCUGCUUAAUAGAGGUUCAAACUGUAUACCAUUACUACAUCUAAGGUUUUCGUGGCUUUGUGACGAAAAACAAAAUUGUAAUAGUGGCAAUGUCUUCGAUCUUACACUGGACAUUCCAAAACAGGAUGGCAUGCAUGAUGUGACAUCACCAGCUAACACUAUUAUGAGACAGAUCUGCUGAUUACUAGAGCUAUACGCUAAGGGUGUUCUCUAAACAAUCACCCAAAUAAUCUUGUUUGCCUCAAACCCUGAAACCUGCAUGAGCACCAAAUGUUUCUUCCCAUAUUUUCUGUAAACAAACCUUAAGGUGGCCCGAACCUAUUUACAUGCGUGUUGGUUACGUUUUUUAUUUGCGUUUUUCAGAAUGAAAUAUUCAACCGAUUUCUAUGAUUUUUGGCAUCCGUAAUAAACAAUAAUGGAACUCUGAAAAUGCAAAUCAAAAACAUAACCAACAUGCAUAUAAAUGGAUUCGGGCCACCUUAACUAUUUUAGCAGGCAUCCGAUCAUACACAUAAAGCAAAAACUAGCCAUAGUCCUUUGGGUGUCCCUUUAACACAAGGUUAAUUGUAUCUGUACUGCAAUUCUACCUAAGGAUUUGCAAUAUCACCCAGGGGUAAGGAUUAACCUGCAUCCCUUCUGAAGUGUCUACAUAUGAUGGUCUGAAGCCAUUUUUAGAUGGCUGGGUCAAUUGAGAUGAGCUGGAAAUUUACGUGGGAACCAUCCCUCAGAAGAAAGAUAUUCUUUUUUUUUAUUUUACAGACUACUGCAUUCUGAUAGAGAUGCUAUUCCUGAAGUCCCUGCCAUUUAUUUUGUUCUCCCAACUGAAGAAAAUGUCAAACGGAUUUGUCAGGUUGGAUUUUUUUACAUUAAUUUUGGGAUCCAUGCCUGAGAUAAAGACUGUCUUUGACUUUCAAUUCCUUGUCAAAGAUACCCCACCCUCCCCUCCAACAAUGUGAGGUACACACCACUUUAGGCUAGGCUAGACGCCAUUAGUCAAAGUGACGAUCAAAGCAGUGUAUUACUACCUACCAAUACUGUAUUUUAGAUGUCAGAAAUAAUUGUAAUUCACUUAUUGUUAAUUUAUUUUUUAUCUAUAUUUUUAAACAGGAUUGUAAGAACCAACUGUAUGAGUCAUAUUACCUCAAUUUCAUUUCUGCAAUUUCGAGACAUCGAUUGGAAGACCUUGCAACAGCAGCUCUUCAAUCUAACAGUGUCACUCAAAUAACUAAGGUAACACAGUUGAUUUACAAAGCUUUUUGAAGGCUGUUAAGUGAUUUUAUUUUAUGACGACAAUAGUAUGUGCACUCUGAUUGGUUGCUAAGCCAGGAAGAUUUUCUUGUAAUAACCAGGUGUUACUAGCUACAUGUAGUUGCCCAAAGUACGUUCAAUCUGUGUUUAACUUGAUAGUGGACAUCCAUGCUAUGGUCAAUUGACAGCUGUCAAAAAAGGGUCUGCUGACCAGUGUCACAUGACUGUAUCAUGGACUGAAAUGUACAACUCACUGAGGUGAUGUGUUUUUUAAAGUUAUCCACUGACCAAUUUUUGGUUUUAAUUAUUGAUCACAGGCUCAGGUCCAAUAUUUCUCAUUGUCAAAGAAAGUGUCUUGUGGUUUCAAUUGCCAGGUUUCAUUUCAGUUCAAUGAACAUGACCUCAAAUGACCUCUUGCGUGCUGAGGUUGAAAAUUACUUUUGGUGUUUUUUAUUUUAUCCCUUUUAAGAAUAGUGCUAAAAGGCGAUGUAAUAAUAACUUAUUAACCUCAUCUGUUCGGUCAUUACAUGGAAAUCUCAGACCUUGGCCUUGAUGCAUUGACCUCUCUCUUGGUUAAUAAGUUGUAUUUAAUGCUAUAAGUGUUAGAAGUAAUCAUCUUAAAACUAAUAAUAAAUUUAUUAUGUCUUCUGUAGGUAUUUGAUCAAUAUUUAAAUUAUAUUUCUUUGGAAGAUGAAAUGUUUACAGUGAGAAAUCAAGACAGAGACUCAAUAUCCUAUUAUGGUAAGGUUAUUAACUUGAUCCAUCAAUUUCUGUCACUUUCUUCAUUAAGAAGUCACAUGGCUUAUGGAUGAGACUUCCUCUUUAUAUGGUACUGUUUUUUAUUUUUUUUGCUUUUCCUUUAAAUAGUAUUUCUAAUUAAUAGUUAAUAACUCGAACAGUGAACAUUUUUCCUCUUCGAACGCAAUUAAAGAUGUGCGUUUGUUUAUGUUAUUUUUCAGCACUUAAUAGACCUGAUGCAAAGGAUACAGAUAUUGAAAUGCUGCGAGAUGUUAUAGUGGACAGUCUUUUUUGCGUUUUAGUGUCUUUAGGUUUGUCUUUAUCAUUUAAAAAUAAUUUAAAUAAUGUGCUGUGUUUUUAUUGCUUAAUGACGUUGCUGAUAAGGACCAUGUAUAAACAGAGCAAUGCCGAUGUUUUUGCAGGUACAGUGCCAAUUAUAAGAUGCCCUAAAGGCAAUGCUGCAGAAAUGGUAGCUGAGGUAAUAUAUUUUUUCACAUCUUGUAAUUAGCCUGCAUUGCAGCCAGACUUGUCACUUGAGGCCUGAAUAGCUAGAGAACUCGUCGUAGACUGUCCAUAUCAGGGGUUUGGAAUGUCUGCGAUGCAAGCUACUUUUCGCCAGAUAGGUCUGAAUUCUAAUGUUUUUUAGUCUGAUAAACUUUGGAAAAACUAAAAAUCUUUGUUUAGACUUGCAUGUAUCAACCAAACUUUCUACUCAGUUACGGGAGUGAUAAACCCAACUGGAAUGAUGGAUAACAGAGCAAAACAUUUAAAUCUCUUGGCAAAUCAUGUACUUGCACCAUUCUGAGUAGGUUUAUCAUGUUGAUGAGACAAAAGAAAGUUUGGUCUGUUGCUGAGGUAGCUUCAUUAGGGAUCCUGUUAAUGGAAUAUAGUUAUAACAGAAAUUAAGGUGAUAAUAGUGAGAAAAAAGAGGAACAGAGUGGACCUAAAGAGAUGGCACCAGUUAUUCAGUUACAAUUUUACUUUUAACUGAAUCAUUGGUGCUUUCUCGAGGCUUCAAAUUAAACUUACUUCAUCAGUAGGGCCAAUGACAAAUGAUAACCAGCCAGUUAGAGUCGUUAUAUUCGGUUAGUUUUUAUUUCCACCCGCUUUUGUCUACUUCAUCAAAUAAGUGAAUAAAUAAUAAUUUGCAAGGGAAAUUGGGGUAAUCAAAGUGUGGUUCAAUUUAGUCUAUUGUCACAUUUUAUAGGGCUUAAGAACUAGUAUGAUUUAAAGUUACAGGGCAUGUUUGAGUAAUCUUAGUCCCAGGCUGGUUGGUGUUAAUGUCAUUUGCCUACUGCAAAAACUUCAACAAUACCAGAUAAGUAUCCAAAGACUGGUUAAGUCAAUCAACUGAGGAUGGUUAAUUGUCUUUUUAGACAAGUGCAAUUUACAUUGACCAUAAAACUCAGAUGACCAUGCAUGUAACUGAGUUCAGUUUAGAAUUUCUUUAAGGUUUUAAGUAGAUAGUGUUCAAAGUUAAAGAUCCACCCAUCAAGGGGGUCUGGGGGCAUGCUCCAUGGAGAAUUUUUACAAACUGAAUGCCAGCCAGUACAUGUACAUUUUGACGAUGAUGUGAACUGCAGAAAUACAAAUUUCAAAAUGAAGAUAUGAUUGUCGCAGUGGUAAUUGCAAUUUUCUGAACUUUUUUGGGGGGUUUAUUUACAAUUGGUUAAAUUGGAAUUUCCACUGUGACGAUCAUAUGUUCAUUUUUAUGUACAUUGUACAUUUUGUUUAAGCAUCUUAGGCAUGAAGACCUUUUUAUUAGAUGGGUGACAUAAGCCAAAAUUAAACAGUCAGAAUAACGCUGAUGUAAAAUUGAUGCAUGUUUGAAGAGUAAUUGAGGGCCAACAAAGCAUGUAUACCAAACAGUGACCUGUGCUGCUGCUUUUCUAUAGGACACCAGCAAAUGUCAGUAAUUAUUUUUCCAAAAGACCAUGGUAUAGUUUGUCUCAAGAAUGUUAAUUUAGGGUCAUUGUUUUUGCUUCAUUCUACCUCAUAGAUCAGUCAUUUUUAAAUAAAUAUAAUUAUGUACACAUCGUCAGGCAUGACUGAAACUCUUCUUUGCAAGUCUAAUUCUCUUCCUCAUUCAUUCAUAAUUCUAUUCCUCAUUCAUAUUUGGAAAUCCAAAAGGGUGGACAACAAUGCAGCCUCAAUCAUUAUGACUGUUCCUAAAUUUUUCCUGAUUCUUCAUGUUAUAUCAGAGCUGUCAAAAAAUUCUUAUUUUUUUUAAGCUCAGUUUUAUAGUUUAAUAACCAAUCAACAUUGUCUCCACAUUGGAAGAACUAAAUAAAAUUGUAGUCAGAUUUUACGAUCAGGAGAAAGAUGGAUUUUUGGUGUCAUUUUUUGCUUUCAGGCCUUAGAUAAAAAGUUGCGGGAAAAUCUAAGAGAUUCUAGAAACAGUUUAUUCACAACAGAUAUGCCAUCUGGGCAGUUCAGGUUUGUAAAUGUUUGAUAAAACCAUGAAUGUACAGAUACAAUGUACUAUAACUGCUGUUCAGUUACCCCGAUUGGCUAACUGCAGGUUUGGUAGCAGUUGGUCCCCAACCUCAUCUGGACUGUUUUGUUUUCAACAAAACAGCUGCUAGAUCAAUUAAGUAUUGGUAUGGACUGAAUUCUUCAAUUUCAAAAUGGCUGUAAUAAAGUUGUGAUUGAACUUCAUGUCAUGCAAUUUUGGUCUGAAAUCAUACUUGUGGUUUCAAAUUGAACUUGGGCUGCAUGCUUGUCCGAUUUUAAAAUCCCGCUCAUGAUGUCAGACCAAAUUGCGCUCCACUUAGUUCAGUUACCAAUAUAAAUGGACUGAUUAGUUGCUGCCAUUGUUGCCCUUGUAUGCUAACAUCCAAGCUGACUGUCAAUGUAAAAUGGAAGAAGGACAUGUAUGCAUGUCCUCUCAUCUACACCAGCUUUCUUUUCAACCUUGAAACUUUUUUCUAUGCAGAAUACAGGACUCUAGAGCUUCCUGUAAAGGGCAUUGUUGAAUAUUUGAUUGAAAAUCAUUAGCAUAACCUCUCCAAAGCUGUAGCCAGUUAUUUUUUUUAGCAAUUCAAUAUCGAAAAAUGUUUGACAUACAUUUUAUUUUCAAGAGGCACACAUGAGAGAUUCAUAAUGAAACUUUUGCAAAUAACUCUCUUGCUUGCCUUUUAUACUGGCCUUGGGCCUGCUUUUACAGACAAAGUUGUUACCUCUUUACCUAGUUACUUGGUAUUAUUAUACAUUGUUCUUGUUAUUUGUCUUCUCAUUGGCGGAGAGCCUACAGUUAAUUUUGGCAAUCAGUGCAACCUACAGAUUAGUUGCUUAUCUGUUAGCAGAUUAGUGACUAAUCUGUACAUGUACAUGUAGGUUGUGCGAGCAAUGCUCUUUUUACAAGAGCAAUGUCAAACUGCGUUCAAUCAUGCAAUGCUGUGUUUGUCCUUAUUUUCUUAAAAACAAUCUAUUAUAAAACAAUAUUAUUAGAUAAAUUUUUUGUAAUAUCUGGAUUAGUCAAGGUCUCUCAAGGUAAGUGUUAUCAGCCUUGGCCUUUAGUUCAGCUGAUAACACUUACCGGUAUCCCAACUGUAUUUACUCCUGAUAUCACAAAACUGUUUCUUAUUAGUUUUCAGCGACCAGUGUUGGUCAUUUUGGAUCGAAACAUGGACCUGUGUACCCCGCUCCAUCAUACGUGGACUUACCAAGCUCUUGUACAUGAUGUUCUGGUAAGAGAGGGAUUAUUAUUGAUUCUGUCAUGAUUUACAUGUACCCUUACAUGUACAUGUAGCUUGCUCAUUCUCUUUGCAAUAUUUAAAUGUUUUUGGUUGUGUUGAAAACAUGAGAAUCAUUCUUCAUUAUUUGUAGGAUUUACACCUGAACAGAGUUGUUGUAAAAGAAUCAACUCCAAGUAGUGAGGAGCACACAGAUCCACACCACAGGCAUCCCAAGCAGACCAAAGUAAAAACAUAUGAUCUUAGUACUACUGAUAAGUUCUGGGGAUCACAUAAAGGAAGGUAAGCUUACCAUUCCAUAGGUAUGACAAAAAUAUUUCAAUCAUUAUCAAAACCUUUGUAAUUUUACUUUUUGGUCGCACUUGGGAGUUCUUAAAAUCUUGUUUAAAAUAAUUAUUAUUGCAUGUCUGUGCAUUCCACAUCGAACUGGAAUUUGGAAGUGUUUGUUUUUGAGUAAUGAGGAAAACUGGAGUAUCCGAAGAAAAACCUCUUGGAGCAGGAGAGAGAACCAACAACAAACUCAACCCACAUACGUGUAAUAUGGUGGGAGGCGAGUGCUUUCACCAGUGCGCCACUUUUGCUCCCCAAAGCAACCCACUUGAAGCACUAAUGUGCUACCAUCCAUACCAUAUGAUAAGCAUAUGAAUAGCACACCUGGGAUCAGUGUAAGGUUCUUGAAAACUGCUCACUUACCCCUCCCCUUACCUAACAUUUUGCCUGAGGGAAAAAGUUAGUGUUAAUGUUCGAUUAAGGGAGGGGUAGGUGGGAAGUUUCUGAGAAUCUCAUACUUACACCACCUCUAUAUCUCUCCGAAAAGAGUCACUUAUUUAAAGACAAUUUUCUCAGUAUACUUUUUUAAAAGUUAUUCACUGACAAGUUUAUAACAUGCAGAAUUGACCCUAUCUAAUAAAGUACCUGGAACAAUAAGUCAGUUUGGAAAAUUGAUUCAACCAACUAGCACUCUGUGACUGCUAAAAUUCUUCAAUCACAUUCUUAUUCCAGUCUUUCACAAGUUCCUUGUACCUAAAUUUAGUUUUAUAACUUUAGGAUUUAGAGGAGCUAAACAUCUCACGGCAUUCAUUAGUUUGCAGUAUUGUAAAUUAUUAUUUUGCAGUCCUUUUCCAACAGUGGCAGAGUCGAUACAGAAAGAACUUGAUGAAUACAGAGCAUCGGAAGAAGAAGUUAAAAGACUCAAACAUGUUAUGGUAGGGAAUGUAGUAAUGUUUAGUAUUUUUACCAUAAAUGUUUAAGUAAGAACCUGUUUAAGCUAACUUAGGAAAUGCAGGUUUUUACUCGUGGUUUUUGACUGUAUGUCUUGCUUUCAAAGUUCUCUCUUUCUUGAGUAGGAUACUAGUCAGUUGAGGUAGUUUUGAUUUCAUGUAAUAAUUAUUUCUGUCAGCUUUUAUGAGACUUGAAUGAAGGCAACGCAAGCAACAUUGUCGCAGUUAAAGACUUGAAUUUUGCAGGAGCUAAAAGAAACUAGCCUGUAUGGGAUUCAAACCAUUGAAGUUUGCCGUACCAUUGCAGCACGCAACCAAUUGAACUAACAAGCCAACUGGGAGCUGGUCCAGUAGUUGGUUUGAUAGAAACCAAUUGUUUGUUGAAGUAUGAAGAUGAAAAAAAAAACAACAAUGAAAAUGCGAUUAUCAUAUAUCACAAAUGCAAGAUUUCAUUGAUGCAUGCAAGUCAGUUGCAGUAAGCAUAUUGAAAGCAUAUGGUUUCAUUAAUGAAAUGCAUUUCUAUUCAAACACAUUUUAAUAACAACAGAACAUCAUUCUGUUUUUGCUGCAGGGAAUAGAUGAAAGUAAUGAGGAAUCCAUGGGUGAACUUCCCACUGACAGUACAGCUAAAUUAACAUCUGCUGUCAGGUAAACACCAUUGCAAAAGGUGGAUAGCGCUAUCCAGUGGGGGAUCUACGGGUGGGGCCCGGGCCCAGCUCUCCCCUUAUUUUUAGACAGGGGCCUUUUUUUGGGAGACCGCCCUCCUCCCCUUCUCAGGGUCUGGAUGACCGCCACUGCUAUCCAGUGGAUAAAUCUAUAUCCAUUGGUUAGUACGGUACAAUUGGUUUCUCUAAUACUUAUCCACUAGACAGCGAUUUGCCCAGGGCCUGACAUAAACAUUUACCAACUGCCGUCUAAAAGUGUAAAAUGCACUUCUUGGGAUUUUCAAUGGUAGCCUUGGUGCAAGUGGUCGUAGACAAUGCAGAAAAGAACAUGGGAAGGCUUUGAAAAUUAAAUACUCCUUGUGCGGCAGCUUCUAUGGAAAGUCAUCUCGCCCGAAACUAGAGUCAUGUCGCCCGAAAUUUUUAGUCCAGUCGCCCGAAAUUUUAAUGAAGAGUGUAUGUAAUAAAUCGCGUUUUUUAUGCGAUAAUGAGGCAAAACAAGCGGAAUAACAGUGUAAUUACGUCUCUGAUGCAAUAGUGAGACGAAACAAGCGGAUGUGUAUCAUAUCCCGUUCUUCAUGGGAUGAAGAGACCAAACAAGCGAGUUCUUUUAGUCUUGAUAAAACAAAACAAGCACGUCAAAUGGGUAAUAUAUCUUGUUCUUAAAGAUUUGAUUAAACAAAACAAGCGCGAUUAAGAUGUUAGGAUGCUACUGAGCAUGAGAAAAUUUCUGGCGAGAUAACUCUGGUUUCGGGCGAUAUACCUUCAGGCAAGAUGACUUUUGGACGACUUGACAGUAAACCCUUGGCUACAAGGAAGAAUUACAGAAGCGUUUCACCGAGCACUUUUCCCAUCAAGGGUGCUGGUGGUAAUAAAACUGAUUUCCCUGUGUUGCACCUUCUGAAUCAUUGUUUGUUUAUGUUACACAGUUCACUCCCAGAGCUGCUUGAGAAGAAAAGAUUGAUAGAUAUGCACACCACUAUAGCAACAGCACUGCUAGAUCACAUUAAGGUAGGGUAUGAUUGUAUGUGUAAUGCUAGCAUUAGUGCCCAUCAGCUGGCACAGCAUUGGCCGAGUGAUUCGUGCACUAUCAGCACAGUAUUAUUAGCGCAUAUUAUAUAAAAGAUUGUAUAUCCAACGGCAUUUUUCUUCUCUAUUCCCCAAGGCAGGAAAACUUGACGUGUACUUCGAGACAGAAGAGAAAAUUAUGAGCAAAGCAACUCUGGUAAGUUGACAGUAACAGGUUUUUUAGUUGCAAAAUAAGGACAUGAGUGAAGACCCUUUUAGCGUAAUACAUUUAAGAAAUAGUGUACAACAUGAUUGGUGCUCAAACAGAGUAGGUUUUUUUGACGAAUGUGAAUAAUUAUUGCAUAAAUUAUGCAAUAAUUAUGCACACUCGCCUCCAUGGAAUAUUUUUUGGUGAUCUUGAAAUGACAAAGCGAAGACUAUUAUAUAUAUUUUUACUUUUGAAUUAAUAUUUCAGGACAAAUCAAUUUUGGAAAUAAUCCAAGAUCCGGAAGGUUAGUUUGUUGGUCAGAAGAAGGGUCACACAUGCAAAUUAAAAAUGUUGCUGCAAAUUAAAAAUAGUACAUGCAAAUUAAAAAUUGUGCUGCAAAUUGAAAAUAGAAAACAUAUCGAUGCAAAUUGAAAAUAAAAAGUCCUGCGCGUGCAGUAUGAGUGAUGAGGUCCUGGUCCGAGCCGUGCGACCUGGCCUUACAGCUGUCGGCCCAUUCAUGUUUCAUGUUUGUAAUAUUUUUAGUUUGCAUGUACAAUUUUUAAUUUACAUGUCCUAUUUUUAGUUUGCAGCAACAUUUUUAAUUUGCAUCUGUGACCCUUCUGGGCCACCAUAAUUCAGUGUUGUAGAUGUAAAAAUUUCCAGACUCUAAAAUAUUCACAACAGAUAAACGGAAAGUAUUAUUUAUUCAAAAAUAUUUUUCUGUUUCUGAUUAAAUUUAGAUGUGUGCUUCACGCGUGACGUCAAUCGUAAUAUCAUGAAAUGACAAAGGGACGCACAGUCGUCACGCAAAGAAGCGGCGCACUAGGUCAAAUUUAGACGUUGUUUGCUUUUAAUUUACGAUUGACGUCAAUCGUACUGUUAUCGAAGUACAAAGGAGCCGACAGACGUCCCUCAAAUAAGCUGCGCAGUAGCUCAGCUGCUUUGGCAAUGCGGAACUAGAGAAAAUUAAUCAGGCCGGGGAAAACCUCGGUGGAUAACAGUAUCCUCGAUCAGCAUAAUUCUUUAUAUCAUACUUAGCUUUGUUAAAUAAUUAGUAAAAAUAAUUCCCAUUCACUUACUUUGCCUCGCUUCUCAAAAUACUGUCGCUUUAGUAGUCUUGUAGUGUUUUACAAUCGUCGUAUUUCCCUGAAUAUUUCUGAUUAUACCUAUUUGUUUAUCCACAGCUGGUACUCCUCAAGAUAAACUUCGAUUAUUUAUUAUUUACUUUAUUUCUGGACCAAACAUGUCACCGGUAAGUCUGUGCGAUUGGUGACAGUAAGUUUCCUACCUCUGUUUAACCCAUUCGUUCCUGGAAGUUUUUUCAAAACGCGUCUUCAGAAUAUAGCCAAACCGUUAUCUUGUCACUAUCAGGCCAAAACUAACCAAAACGCUGUUUAUAAGUCGAGCACUUCGCAGCUUUCCGUUGUGAUGCUCAAGUUCGUGCAUAACAACAAAAUAGCGUAACAACCCCCAACACUGUUGGACCAACAGUGUUGGGAGUUGUUGCGUCCGUGUUGGCAGUGGUGUCUAAAGGGAUGCAACAACUCCCAACAAUGUUGGGACCUGUAGUGCAUCGUGGGAAGGAUAUAACCCGUAAGACUAUGGAGACCAUGUAUAAUACACGUGCCGGGCCCUAGCAAUGUCGAAAGAGCUGUUCAAGCGGAUCCAACAUUGUUGCGCCACGUUUCGGCGAUGCAGUUGUCCCUUUCCUAAACGGUCGCUGCCAUGGUUAAGACACUAAAGCCCCAUUUACACGGCCGAAAAUUUUUGGCACGGCUCGGAUGAAAAAAGUACGCGUACCAAAAACAUUGGUUCGGCACGGAUAGAUUUAAUCGUGUAAACGACUUUGGCCCAUCCGUGCCGGACCAAAAUUUCACCCGUGCUCGGACCAUGUCGAGAGGUAGUCCGAGCACGGAUAAAACUGGUACGCGAUCCUGAAAAUCUAGCCCAGCUCGGAUAAAGUGUGCAGUGUAAACGAUUAGCCGUGCCGAGCUAACUUUUCUCUGAUGAGCCUUCGUGCCUUUGGUCAGCACCAAUGUGGGAGAGCAUGUACAGAUGAGCUUUAUCGUUACUUCAAUAUAAACCAAAAGUUCAAUAAACACGACAGUAGUUCAAUGAUCACACGUUAGUUCAUUGAUGAGCGUGGACAACGUGCAGCUGCGGGGGAAAUAGCCACAAAUACGUUAGAAUUUUUUAAUAUAAAUGUGUAGCAUUAACUAAGUGGUAAAUACUUUUUCGGUAGUUCAGUGUGUUCAAUAACCACACAAUAAUUCAAUAACCGCACCAGUAUUCAAUGACCACCCAUUUGUUCCUUGUGCGUAGACUACAUGCGGCUGUGGGAAUUCUAAUGAACUUUUCGUCCGCCAUGUUUUUACAGAGGAAGCAGCAUGCGCACUAGGCAAGAAUCGAGUACGCUGGCCGAGAUGUUGAGCCUUUUACCCGUGCCAAAUCAUAAUUUCACAUCGUUUAGCACGGUAGAAAAAAGAACGUGUAAAUGAGUAAUUAGUACUAUUUUUUUGGUACGCGUACCACUUUCAUCCAAGCCGCGCCAAAAAUUUUCUGCCGUGUAAAUGGGGCUUUAGGGUGCGUUCGAUUGGGAAAUCCGGAUUUAGAUGUUCAAAAUCUAAAUCCGGGUUUCCCAAUCGAACGCGAAAUCUGAAAACGGAUUUCACCUCCGGGAAAUCCGUCCUCAGGAUGGAUUUCAAUUAAGAAAUCCAAAUCCGGAUUUUUUCCAUUUCCCUUUUUGUCGUUCGAUUGGGAAAUCCGAAAAAGGAUUUGCUAAACUGUUCUCGUGAACAGUGGACUAUCUUGUGCUAAUUAGGCGUACGCAUAAUUAGCGCAAGAUAGUCGACCGUUGAAAAUAGCAACGACCGUUUAUGAAAGGAAAAUAGGCUUCGACGAUCCCGGAACAAAGGAAAUGUUGGGAGUAUUUGACCGAUUUCAAACUUUGCACAACAACUCCCAACAAAAUGCAACAACAUGCAACAGGCUGUGCAAACGGACGCAACAUGCAAAAUCCAACAAUGUUGGGAGUCUUUAGCCAGCAAUGUUGUGUCCAUUUGCACGGGGCUUAAGAUGUCGAAGUUGUCUGUUAGCGUUAAAACGGAUGACGUUACAAGCGUUACAAAAGGUUUCUAGGCAAACUCACCCUGAGUCUCUCACCCGUCUUUGUUUAUUUGUUUGUUUGUAUACAGGCUGAGCUGGAUCAGUACUGUUCAGCCUUGUUAGAAGCCGGAGCUGACCUCACACCGUUAGACUUCAUCAAGAAAUGGAAGUAAGCGAAAAAAAAAAAUCUUAAAUGAAAGCAGGUAGCCAACCUUAUAGCAUUAAUGAUGUGAAUAUAUCGUGUUUUCUAGAGCGUUUACCAAAAUUGCCGUUGGUCCUCUUCAGUCGGGAGGCGGGGGUCAAAAUACAUACAGGUGAGUCUAUCUUUUUCAUGUACCGAUAAAACAUCUUACUUACCCCUGGCCAUUUUUUAGCCAAGUGCGAGGCAAUGGUAGGAGAUUCCGAAAACGUGGCAUCCAGCGUUCCUGUGUUGUUUUCAUUUGUUUGUGUAGGUGGGCUAUUGUUUAGAAAACUCUUAUACCCGUUCCUUCGUUUUUAUGUUUUCUGACUGUAAUGGUCAUCUCGUGAUAAAAUGGACCUUCAGCGACGGCAAUGAAAACAUCAUCAUUAAAAGGAGGCGUGAUGUACGUGCGAAGUUGUUGUUUUUGUCAUCAAACCUAUUGCUUUUUUGACGUUUUGGUUGCCAUCGACGUCGUGGUCCCUAAGAAGAAUCAAAUGAAUGACAGGACGACCCCUGGAUCGAAGUUACAGAACUUAGUGGUUUUAGGCUAGCUCACAUUGUACGGGAUGGUUCCUCUUUGCCCAUGAAAAGCUGUCCCGUAUAGUAUUUGAACACUGUUCACACUGCGCCAAUCUGAAGAGUAGCAUAGAAUCCUAACCAAUAUGUGACGAUCCACUUUCAAGGUCGGCGCAGUGUUGCUUAGUCCCUUGGCCUCAAUUUUUCGCGCGGCCAAAGCGUUUCGGAUCACGUGGUCCAAGCGAAAAUGUGCCUCGAAUACGUCACCGAAGUGAAUUGACCGAGAGGGACUGGGAAAACGCCAUACAGGUUUCGUACAGGGACUUGGUAAGGCGCGGUGCAGCAUCGCUCCUUUACAGAAACUAUGCCAAAAUCACGCAAAAACGCCAAAACCACGCCAAAACCUCGCCAAUCAAAUUGUGAACAGCAAACCUAUCCGUUACGAUACUUUUUCGUGCAACCCAAGAAUUAUCUGGAAUAAAGUAUACGUGGACCGGGUAUUACCGUUUACCUCCGUCUUGAAAAUUCGGGUAUUUUACUUUUUUUCAGCGCUAUGUUUUCACGGUUCAUGAAUACAGGAUCACAGUUUGUUAUGGAAGGAGUCAAGAAUCUAGUUGUUGGAAACAAGGUACACGGUUUGUACGGGUCAUGGAAAACCUGGAAAGUCAUGAAAUUUCUGGAAUUUUAUUACCAGUGACGGAAACUCGUGGAAAGUUAAAGUCAUUAGUUACUGCAGAUGUCAAAGCAAGGACAGAGAAGUAUAGAGACAAGUAAUUAACCAGCAUGAUCGGCAUUUUGGUGAACACCAGAGUUUGUGUCAGUUGAACUGAGUUAGGUAAAAAAAAUACCUCAAAACAAGAAUAGUUUUGAAACUUAUUGUAACGUAAGGCCAUGGAAAACUGGAAAAUGUGAUGAAAAAAAGUUAUGGAAAGUUAUGCGAUUUGAAACGCUAAAAAAAAAAGAACCCUGAACGACUAAAGGUUGUUAAUGCGAGUAGUGAAAACGCUGCGUGGAAGAUGUUCAGAUUUUUAUUUCUCGCUGAAUCUUUUUUCGUAGAAUUUACCUGUGACUCGCAUCGUAGACGCGCUGAUGGACAAUAAGUCAAAUCCGGUAGGCAAGAAUUCAUUUGUUUUAGUAUCCUAAUUGAAAUUCUUGGCGAUUUUAACUGUAAAGUCAGGUCAUUUCGAUGACUAUCUUUAAAUCUGUGAAAGAAAUCUCAUCUUGUGACCAUUAAGAUGAAAGCUAUCAGAGAGGAUAAGCAUCACGUUAACUUCAAACGGCAAACGCAAAUUUGUACCACGUGACCAAGUUUCAUCUUUACUUGUCGUUUACUGUUCAUUAUUUCUACACAUAAAUUAGAAGUUUCAUGCAAUUUUUUAUCCAUAAGAAUUGUUUUGAGCUUUUUUUUUCUGCUCAUUUUCUAUUUUGACAAAUUCUCACUUGAAUCUGACGUUUGCCAUUUGCCGUAUAUGUGAAGCUGAAACUCUUAUUUAAACAGUAGUUUCCAGUGGUGCUUUUAAUUAUGCUGUACCAGGUGGUUCUAACUUCAGAAUCAGGAUGAAAUCUUGAAGUGUAACCAUUCAAAUGAAAGCUACUGAGCAGUUCUUUUCCGUGGUACUGUUUAUUAUGCUGUACUAGGUGGUUCUAACGUUUGAGUGUGUGGAUGAAAUCAUGAAGCGUGACCAUUUAAAUGAAAGCUUCUAAGCAGUACUUUUCCAUGAUGGUGUGACUAUUCAAAUGAAAACUUCUAAGCAGUCCUUUUUUAUGGUGCUGUUCAUUAUGCUGUACAAGGUGGUUUCAACUUCAGAGUCUGGAGGAGAUCUUGAAGUGUAACCAUUCAAGUAAAACCUACAUGUACUGAGUAGUCUGUGGAUGGAACCCAAGUUUGAUGAUUCAGUUUAAGCUAUUCAGCAGAUUUAUUCCAUGAUUCCUUUUUUUGUUCGAAUGUAAUCUAUUAAAGCGGUGCGAUACUACUUUUUCAGGAAGUUGAAGAUUACAGAUAUUUUGAUCCAAAGAUGCUACGGGUAACAGAUAGGUGUGGAUUUUUCUUAUAUUACAUGUUUUGCUUUUCAUACCAUUAAAUUACAAUAGAAUUAUUCAGAUUACCAAUGAUGGUAGGAUAAAACAUUGUGCUAAAUCUUGUGGUGAGUAAACGAGAAAGAUAAAAAGAGUCAUUGAAUCCUGAGGAGUACUCAACAAAGUUUUAUACGGGGAGGCUCCACCCCAAGGUCCGAGCCCCUGCCCUUUGACUGGAAAGGGACCCCUUUUGUUGACUCUCUCCUUCCUCUCAUUUUUGCCUCGUCGUGAGACACCUCUGCUAGCAGGGAACCCUUUCGUAUCCCUGUCAUUGAAAAAUGAAAAUUAGAACGUUGUCUCGACUUUUUCACAACCAUAAAACGCAUCUGUAAGCGCUUUUAGGCAUUUUACAGACUGAAAUGAAAAAUUUCCCUACACUUUCAAAUACAUCAACUGUUUAAAUCCCUGCCCUUUCAUAUACCGUAAAAUUACGAAAAUAAGCCCCUCCAUGUAUAAGUCCCUCCGAUUAUAAGCCCCUCAAACUCGUAACGCAAAAAACCCUCUGUUAAAUCGCCCCUCCAAAUAUAAGCACCCCCGAGGGGGGGGGGGGGGGGCUUGUUCUUGGGAAUUGCCCUCAAAUACAAAGUAAAAGAAAGCAAAAACGGUAAAUUUCCUCCCAACUAUACGGCUGGCCCAAUCGAUUUUGAAAUGCAAAUUUGACGUGCUUACACACGUUUUCCCGCCUAUAAUGCAGAAAGCACAUAUUUGCUUUAGCCUCUGAUUGGUUCGUUAGAUUAUUGUCCUGUGUUGUGAUUGGUCAUUCUUCAAAAGCCCUAAAGUCAAGUGACACUGAAAAUCACGGUCACCGUAUUUCAACUGGUGUAUUUCUAUGUGUUUUACAGUAUGUCUAUACCACGAAACAAGACGCCUUUUAGCGAGGUAAGAUAAUUUGAUACUCAAAGGUGUUGACCCCUGUUGUUUUAAUCGAGUCUAUUAGAAUGAUCGUGUCUAGCUGUAGGCUCUCUCAGCACUUUUCAAAUUAGGAGCGGGGUUUCAUUUCCCGAACAUCGGUUGGUAAUAUCGUUACUUUACAGAAGUUGAAUUGUCCAUCUUCAUAAUUGUAAAAAAAGAGAAAAAAACACCGGGGCAAAAAUCUUCAGAGUUGUUCAAAAAGGAAAUACGUCUAACUGUUGCGUCUUCUGCCAGAGAACGUGUCGCUAGCGCUAGAACGGCGAACGCCCCACUGACUUUUCCUAAGAACAGUGAAAUUUUAUAGUUCUGUGGUUUUUAUUAUUUAUUCAAAAUAUUCCUCGGCCAAUCCUUCAUAACCAGCUAGCGUUGACCAAAUUUGGAAGAUGUUUGAGGAUUGAGGUCAGCCAUGUUGAUAUCGGCUGUAAAAGGGACGCACAAGCAAAUGGUUCGGUGGCCAAGCUGCUUUGGAGGUACAGAGCUGAAGAACAUGGCGGAAAUUUUCACUCUUUGUGUGAAGCCGAACUUCGCCUCAAGAACGUAGCGAGAAUAGACAAAAAAUACCACGCGACCGAUGGCAACUGCUAUAUGAAAAUUAUCUGCCAAAAAUAAAGUACCCUUCAUAUCCUGAAUCUGCCGAACUUUGGAACUUAAUAAAGAGGCAAGCAAUUUAGCUUGUUCUGGGCUUGGAAAUAUUUGAAUGAAUAAUGACACCCCUCUCGAUCUGCAUAAUUCUCCAUAUCAUACUCAACUUCAUCCAAUAAUUGCUAACAAAAUAUUUUGCCAUAUUCUUGGUAGGCGAUUGUGUUUAUAGUUGGAGGUGGAAAUUACAUCGAAUACCAGAAUCUGAUGGACUACAGUAAGGUGUGUUACGUUCAAAUGCUAGUCGGACAGUAAAUAAUAAAUAGUAGAUGAUGCCCGAGGAGCUAAAAGAACGCCCAGGUACUCAAUACGCAUUUCAGCUCUUAUUGGUCAACAUUUUGGAAAAAAAAAACUAUAAAUUAUGUAAUUUACCAAAUCACAACAUAGUUCGGGGUAUCUUAAAUCACAAGUAGCCUUGCUGUAUUAAAGUUUAAAAGUUGAAAAACCCUUGAAAAUUCUUGUUCUAAAAAAAGAUCUCCAAAAUUUCACCAUUUCUUGGAAGUUACGUCUCUUCUUUAUCAUUUCUUCAUAUUUUCAUUUCAGAGACACUCCGGUGGAAAGAAACUUCUUUAUGGUGCAAGUGAGGUCAUGAAUGCAUCCCAGUUCCUUAAACAGGUUAGUUUAUCAGUAGAUUAUAUAAGAGACAACUUCCGAAAAUUGUUGAGAAACGUUCCACAAUAAAUCUUCUUCACUAGUCAGCGUGCUGUAUCAGAAAUAAGGUACCGUGUCUGUUAAGAAGUUUUCAAGUGCCCUUUAAGGCUACAGUUAUAUGCGGGUCUUGAAUGUUGCAAUUUCGGAAACUGCGUACUUUGAGAUUUUGCAAAGAUCUGGUUGCAAAUAGAAUAAAUUUCGCAAAUGCAAAUUACUGCGAGAACUAAAUUUUCAGGGUUGGCUGAUCAAUGGGAAAAAUCCGCAAGGAUACGUUAAUCCUUUGAACGCUGGGCGAAUUUAUUUCUAUUUUUUAUCAACAACGUAGAUGCAAUUUAACAACAAUACGAUAAAAGUCUUUUCACGAUUUGAGCAACUUCAAGUUGCAUGUUUAGCUAAAAUUUCGGGGAUCUUAUACACUUGUUAACUUUGAACAUUGUUUAGUUUACUCUCAACUAUUUUUACAAAUGGAUUAAGAUUAAAAUCGAAAGCUGUAAGUUCAUAUAUCAUGCCUAGAAUUGCACUGGGGCCCUGUUUAACGGUCUCUCCUCUUUCAGUCAGUAGGGAGCUUAACGAACAACGACGGCUACGAAAACGUCACUUAAAAAGUGCAUUCGCAAACUUUAUCGCGCUUAUUCCAUCUCGUUUAAUUCGUCAAAUGUUGGCAAAUUUUGGGGGAGUUGAAUUCUAAAGGACUGUAUCAAAGUUUAGGAAAAGAAAAAGAAAGUUGUUGUCUUCUGUUCCGUCCUUGACAAAACGUGAAAUUAGGCACUUUCACGUUGUAGUCGUGCAAUGACGGCAAAGAAAUGUACAAAAAAGCGUGAUGCACGUGCAAAGUUGUUGUUUUGCUACUAUAAACCUAUUGCUUAUUUGCUGUUCCUGUUGCCGUCGCCGUCGUCGUUGCUUAAGCUCCCUACUAGUAAAAGAAUGGGAAACUUUUCUUCCCGGAUUUUCUUAAAAGAGAAGAAGGAUGGAAAGAUGGGAAGUGUGGCUGUCCGCAGCCUUUUAUUGGCUAAAUAGAGAGAGAACUUUCACUUUAAGCCCCCAAUAUCCAGGCACAAAUUCUCCUUACUCAUCUCGCCACAUUUUCUUGAUAAAUAAGUUGAGAGAAUAGACCUUAUAACGGGUUUAGAAGCCAUCUUGACGAGUAGGCAACCGCGUCAGAAAUUAUAGUGUUUGUACGAGAAUCUAAUGUCGAAUAAUUUCCGUAAAAGAACUGUCCUGAAAAAAAUCAUGAAUUGUAAACUAAAGCCUCACUCUUAACGUUUCUACUAAAAAAUUGGAGGGCGUUACGUGUAGCUACAUACGCUAGUACCACUUUUUAAAAUUUUCUAUACAUUUGUCUGUGAAAAAUAUCUCUUCCUGCCGACUAAAAUUUCCCGGGAAAAAUUGCAGACAAAUAUAUGGAAAUCUAAAGCAAGCGUCUGGAGGAAUUUAAGCACAGUUACCGCUCCCAAAAUUUGUUAGUAAAAUCCUCUGCUGUGUAGCUUUAGUUUACAUUUCACAUUUUUCUCAGAACAGCCGUUUUACGGAAAUUAUUCGACAUUAGAUUCUUAUACAAACACUGUAAUUUCUCACGCGGUUGCCUUCUCGUCAAGAUGGCUUCCAGAACCGUGACAAGGUCUAUUAUAAAAGGUCCUGUUGGUGAUCAUUUUAUUGAUUCUCAGAACAUUUUUUGACGUGAGGAGAAAGUUGAUGUUGGUCGCUCUUGGGACCUCCAAGUGUUAAGGGCUGAUGGUAAAAAUCAGAAUUAUUAACGGCGCUAUCCUUUCUGUUUACAGUUGGCACAUAUUGCUCAAGAUUCGUCUUAACACGUGAGCGACCAACGGAAUUCAACGCCGAGCAAACCUCAGGGUUCGAUGUUCCGUUCAGAGCUAAAAUGUUCAUCACCAGAAAUGAAGAGGAUAGAAUUUAUUUAUGAAAUGCCGACGAUAAGGGAUCUCUGUAGUGAGGUUCUCUUAGCUAAGUCUCCCUUCAGGAGAUUGAAGACUUCAUUGAAUAAGCAACAAGAAUAAAAGAUAAAUUUGUAGAUAGUGAAGGUCUGACACGUUCUGUGGGCUAGUUUCUAGUGCAGUUACCUGCAGUACAAACCACGUUAAACGUGAGGUUCAAAGAUUGCACUUGUGUUCCUUCAAAGAAGUGAUUUUUAAUUUGAACUCUUUGUACUCAUACCAAUGAUCUUUUCCAAUAACAUAUUUCUCUCCACUCCACUGUAAGAUCCGAAUAUCUUGAUCAUUGUAUAGAAGGUCUCAAAAUAAAAGAAUAUAUCAAAACGAAUGUAAGAAAAUACUUGUUUAGAUCGUGUGGCAGAUGCUAGAGGGGAAAGGAGAAAUUCGCGUACACGCGAUUAAUUUUGUCUCCCUCUUUACUCUAUGACGCCUGCAAUGCGGAGUAAUGCUCAUCUGUUAUGAACUGAAUUAGAAAAAAAGUGAAAAUUGUUUCCCAAGA